AGGAGGGCUUAAACCUUCCAUCACCAUAUGCUACAAUACAAUUGUCUUCCACUCUGAAUCCUGCAUGUGCGCGGCGCGGUCGGCGAAACUGGCGGCGGUGAGCUUUGCGUUCGUUUUUGGAGGCCUUAUAGAAGAAGGGGAGAGGUACCUUGAAGCAACCAUAUUAGCUUUUGCGACUUUUCAAGAAAGUACUCAUACAGAAAGACACUUACGUCGUCACGGUGAUCCAACCCUAUCAAUCUGUUGGCAAGAUUUUUCAAUGCACUUUUGCGCGCAGAAAAAAGAGUGAGUAACGUUUCCCGAUGAAAGAAAUGUUUGUUAAAUUGUUCAUGGACG